UCCAGAGGCGGAGCGGGCUCUCGGGAGCCGAGGUGCGAGCCACCGCAGUUCAGACCUUUCGGCACCUGUCGCACACCUGUGCCUUCCUCGCAGCAGCGCUGACGUUGACCUACGGGUGACUCGUGACUCUUGAUCGGCUGGUCAUGGCCUACCCAGGAUACGGAGGAGCGUUUGGAAACUUCAGUGGUCAUAUUCCAGGAAUGCAGAUGCAAAUGGGCCAGCCGAUGCCAUGUCCCAGUAUGUUCUCUGGCGGUUACCCUGGGUACCUGGCCUACUCUGACAGCUACCCUGCGGACGACUCUAUGUGGACUUACUUCACAGCUGUUGCUGGACAGGAUGGUGAGGUGGACGCAGAAGAGCUUCAGAGAUGCCUGACACAGUCUGGAAUUAGUGGGACUUACGCACCCUUCAGUCUGGAAACCUGCAGAAUUAUGAUUGCCAUGUUGGAUAGAGAUUAUACAGGAAAAAUGGGAUUCAAUGAAUUCAAGGAACUUUGGGCAGCUCUUACUGCCUGGAAGCAGAACUUCCUGACAAUUGAUCAAGACCAAAGUGGCUCUGUAGAACAUCAUGAGCUGAGUCAAGCCAUUGCUCUUAUGGGUUAUAGGUUGAGUCCUCAGACAUUAGCUGCUAUUGUUAAACGCUACAGCAAGAAUGGCAGAAUUUUCUUUGAUGACUAUGUUGCCUGCUGUGUGAAGCUUCGUGCCCUGACAGAUUUCUUUAGGCGAAGAGAUCACUUGCAACAAGGGAUUGUGAACUUCAUGUAUGAGGAUUUUCUGCAGGGCACUAUGACAAUUUGAAAUCCUCGCAUUCCAAAGGUGCAGAAAUACUGAAGAAUUCUUCUGCUUCCCUCGAACAGACUGGACUACCUAGAAUUAAGAGUUUGAUGAACUUUUUUGUAUCCCUCUCUGUUAAAGCUCCUCCCAUCCCUUCUGUUAUUUAACCUGAAAGCACAGUUCAAUGCAAUAACGUUUUUUUUUAUUUGGGAAUAUAUUAUUUUUGGAAAAAUUAUGGCAGUGCAGAUAUAUGCAUGCUGUCUUGAAAUGUUGUUAAUGAAAUGUAGCUAAUUGAUAUCAGCGUAUCUGAGCCUUAGUUGUUUUUUUUUUUUAACAAUAAUAGGAUAUAGGAAUAUAGUCUCAUGACAGAUUGCCUAUGAAGCCAAAUAAUUAAAGUCUAGGUAAAAUUUUUAUAUUAUCUAAAGGUUACAAGUGAUGCUUCUGAUUUUGUUCAUGCCUGUGGGUGUUUCUGGGAGCUAGCUGGUCAGAGGGGACGUCUGCGCUUGUUGCUGUCCCUGGGUUUUGAUUACACCAUCAGAGAACAGAACCUCAUGUUCUUGUCCUAUGAAUAAGAAAACUGUGGCUCCUAAAACUUGAUCUGAAUUUGGGUCUGUCAGCCUACAGUAGUAGGUAUUGUGUUACCUGUUUUUUAUUUCAUUGUUUAUUUUCCUACAAUGUAUUUUAUUGUCUUCCUAUUUUUUUUCUUUUAAAAACAAUCUCUGUUUUUUGUGUAGCUUUGUUUUGUGAGACAGGAUCUUACUACACAAACUCAUGGUCCUCCUCCCUUGUCCCGCCCCCCCCAUUAUAUGCAGAGAUUCAAGGCCUGCACACCCAUGCCCACCUAAAAGUUUUAAAAUGAUGAUACCUUUCUCGUUCAUUAGUGAUGGCAUGGAUAACCUAAAAUGUCAUUUUUCUCUAAGUUGACCAGUUUUGGAGAAUGACACAUUUGAGUGAAGGGUCAGCAUUCAUUCGUGUUUGUUCUUUAAACCUAAGCGCUGCCCCUAGGUUAGGGCAACAGUUUAUAGGCAUUUCUGGGGAAUUUUCUAUAGAGAUUUCAAGUAGUCACCAGGUUUUUCCGAAUUAAGUUCUCUGGUAUAAGAUGUCAGAGUUAAUUUAGUUUCUCACAUGAAAAACACCCUGUCUUUGUUGAUGAAGAUUUGAUGGACCACUGAAUUUUCAUGUAUUUUAAUUGAAUAUAUGUCUAGUUGAAAAAAAAUGCUCAUAGAUAUAAUUUUAUUUUAACUGGUGACCAAAUUAAAUGUUUUUUAAAGAAAACGCCAUGUUUUGUUUUGUUUUAAUGGACAGACCUUUUUUAUAAAUACGGAAAACUUAAAAUCAGCUCUUCCUUGAGAAGAUCCUGGAAAGAAGUGAUGUCUAAUCAUUUUGACAUUGAUUCCUCUAUAGUGGGCUGUCAAAUCCAUCUGGUCAGUUUUAUGAGGAGUGGCUGAUGAAUACUCCACAGGCAUUGUCCUUGGAUUGUUUGUCUCAUGACCACAUAUUUGAUAACCUGAAAGAAGAGUAACUGAACCACUGAAUCAUGUGCAGAGUCUGGAGCUGGUGUGGGGAAAAGGAAGCCACAUUAUGAUGUUAUAAAUUAUCGACUAGUGAACACUCGUGAUGAAUAAGUGCUUUUAUUUAUACAGUAAACAUGUUUCCAUGUCGUUUUGGGAAUUUUUUUAAAUAAACAUUCAAAUAGCUUGCUGUAAAGUUUUGUAUCAUACAAAAUUUGUUACAUAUAUACUGUUAUGAGAUGCGUCAGUUCAAACAACAGUGCAUUAAUUCAGCUGUUAUCUAAAAGAUUGCCAAAUGAUUAAAUGUCAGGUAUUGCACUUCUAGUUUGAGUGGCAGUUUAUACAUUUUAAAUUACAUCAAGGGAAAAAUCGAUACUAUGGAAUCUGAUUUGGUCCACUUUAAAUGUAUUUUAAGGACUGUGCUCAUUAACCUAUUUUAGGCAUGCAUUCAGAAAAAGAAAGUAACAAAUAUAUAUUCAAGUUAUAUAUUUAUUUCCAGAAAAGGCAUUUACCCUGGAAGAAAGUCGAAUUUAUCAAGGUAGUUUAAACUCUGUGCAAUUGAAAAGUAACAAAAUCAAUUUGUGGUAUUUCUUUAAUUAAAAUGUACAAAUCAGGUUCACUUGUAAUCUUAUGAUAUUACUAACUGGACAAGCAAAAUAAAUACUAUUUGUGAGAAA